CGUAAAAGUGCGCAGGUGAGGGGAAAAAAAAGAAAAGAAAAAGAGAGAGGGGGGGAUAAAGAGAGGUAGAAAGUGAGUGAGAAAGAGAGAGAGGGGGAGGAAGCCUCGGAGGCCGAGCCAUAAAAUGAAUUCAGACUCCAGCCCGAGCAGCAGAGCCUCAUCCCCGGACAUGGAUGCCAUGUUCCUCCGAGAGCACCUCCCCGGCCACCACUUCCACCACCUGCACCCGCAACUCAGCCACCUGCACCACCACCACCACCACCACCCUGUCUCCUCAUCCACGCAGGGCGGCAAGAUGUCCGAGUCCAAGUCGGCUUCGUCUUCGUCGUCGGUGGAGAGCAGCGGCGGCGGCGGCGGCGGCGGCAACAAGUUCAAACUGAAGAAGCAGGUGACCGAGGAGGAGAUGUACCAGCUGCGCCUGAAGAUCAACGGCCGCGAGCGCAAACGCAUGCACGACCUCAACCUGGCCAUGGACGGCCUGCGAGAGGUCAUGCCCUACGCGCACGGACCCUCCGUGCGCAAGCUGUCCAAGAUCGCCACGCUGCUGCUGGCGCGAAACUACAUCCUCAUGCUCAACAGCUCCCUGGACGAGAUGAAGCGGCUGGUGGGCGAGAUCUACGGCGGCCAGCACUCGGCCUUCCACUGCGGCACCGUGGCGCACCCGGGGGCCGCGGCGGCGGCGGCUGCGGCGGCGGCGGCGGCUGCGGCCGCCCACCAGGUGCACCCGCUCCUGGGCGGCGGCCUCUCGUCCUCCACCACCUCCACCACGUCCUCCACCCUCCCCGCGCUCACUUCCAUCCGGGCCCCGCACGCCAUGAUGAAGGGCUCCCCGGGCGCCGCGCCCCCCAGCCUGCAGCUGGGCUCCGGGUUCCAGCACUGGGCCGGCUUGCCCUGCCCGUGCGCCAUCUGCCAGGUGCCUCCUCCUCCACCGCCGCCUCCUCCACCGCACAUCCCCAUCACAUCCUCCGGCCUGACGAGACUCACAGCGGAUGCCAAGGAUGGCAUGAAAUGAUGCCGAACUGUCUGUGACCGCUUUGUAAAUAAUUUCGGAGGACUUUUUGGACGAGCGUGGAUUCGUGCAUGUUCUUGUCGCUUUCUUGUUGGCUCCAUCUGAGAAAAUGUGUGUUCAUUCCCUCCUUGUACCAAGGACUUGUGCUAUACUAAAGACUGACACUUUCAAACUUGAAGGUAAAGCAAACAAAAAGAAAAGAAAAGACAAAAAAAAAAAAGAUAUGUCGUGCAUGAACAUUUUAGUUCUCUUUAUUUUGUGAAAAUGAAGAAUGCUCUGUGCCUUGUACCAAGGAUUAAAACAAAAAAAAUCUUAAACAUGCUUUCAUAUUACUUUCUAAAAAAAAAAAAAGCAGCAAACACUGGCUUUAUAGUUUUGUAAUUUCACUUUUCCUGAGUGACUUAUUGUACAAACAUCCCUCAGCUCUCAUUUGUUUUAUUGUUACUUUGUGCACGUUGCUCAAUUUGCUACGCCCAGAGACUGUGUGUCUUUAUUUUUUUACAUUGUUGAUGAAAUAUUUAUUAUUAAUUCACCCAGGGGACCUGGAUGACAUUUCAAUAAAAAUAAAAUUAUUGAAUCAUACAUAGCGUCUCACUCUUUAUUUGAGAACAUUUCGAAAAUGAUUCCAAGAAAUGAAUUUUAGGGGUUCUGCAUUAAAUGAGGCACAAGCCUAGAAAAGUGAGUUAUACAUAGCUACAUCAUUUUAAAAUGUGUAUAUAUAACUCAAGUAUUUGGGCCUGGAGUGUAUGGAAUUAAGGUGAGAACAUUUUGCAAUUGUUUAUUGUUUAAGCUUUAAUGAAAUGAUCACAUGGUGACUAUCACUUGGAUUAUUUUCACAAUAAAAAUAAAAUGUGUAAUUUGUAAGACAAAAAAAAAAUAGAAUCACCAUGCACAAUGUAAUUUCUUCAAACUUGUUCUAGGAAAGAAGCUGUAGCAUAUUUUGCAUUAUUUGACUUUUUAAUUUCUAUUUAAUUUGCCUUAUGAGAUGAACACGUCACCUAUUUCCUGUAUAAAAAAAACAAUUACUCAUUAAUAGAACUCAUUUAGUAAAUGUUACUAUUUCAAAUGUAAUUUAAAAAAUGUUUAAGUAUAUAUUUAAAAUGUGUUUUGCAGUGUUU